AUGGCUCCGAUCACACCUACCAGUGAACAGGUUCCUGUCCUAUACGUCAUUGUUGUGUACACAGUUGUCAUAUUUGCUUUGUGGGUGAUACCUGGAGUACGGCUACUCAUCAAUCCCCUCAAGCUCUUUACGAUUGGCUUACACGAAUUCUGUCACAUUGUUGCGGCGGUCUUCACAGGGGGCAAGGUUGAACAGGUGACCAUUGACCCUGAUCGAGGGGGCGCAACCGAAGUCAAGGGUGGAAAACCUCUAUGCAUACUUGUGGCAGGAUACUUUGGCUCAACGAUCUUCGGCGGUAUAUUCGUCUUGGCCGGGUUUGACAUCCUCAUGGCCAAGAUAGUGAGCUUUUUCCUGGGGCUCGGAUUGAUUGCCCCGCUAGUAUUGGUUCGCAACAAGCUGACAAUCCUGCUAACAAUCAUAUACGAAGGCAUUCUAGUCGGGUUUUGGUUCAUAGAUCACGGGCAAGCGCUGCGUUGGUACUGCCUUCUCGUUGGAGUUAUGAAUGUAUUUUAUGUCGUUUGGGACAUUGCGGAUGAUAAGUAUUUCCGGAAAGCAAAUGAUUCUGACGCGAGCCAAUUCGCAAUGUUGUACCCCCGUGUUGAAGCCCAUUGUGAGUGGUAUCUCCUGUGCGCCAACUUCUUUACAGCACAGCUCAAGUAUGGCAAAGCGACUGAUAAGAACCGUAUCGCAUACGCAGUGUGGGCGGCGCUGUGGAUCUUGUUCGAGAUCGGCGUCCUCAUUGGUUUCGUGUUUAUCGGCAUUGUUGCAUUCAGGCUUACAGACCAGGAGAUGUACGAACAGGCUGCACAAUUCUUGCCUACAUAG